AUGAUUUUCAUCGUAUUCCUAAAGAACUUUGAGUUCUGGAAAGCCAUCGGAGCUCUCAAAAACAUCAUCGUCCAUACGCGGAUCCGCAAUGUAACCCACGAAUUCGACGUUGUCUGCUACAAUAAAGGCACAGCAGAAGAUCCGAAAUAUCGCAUAUUCCUAUGCAAAGUUAUUGAUGACAGCGAUAUCAAGUUUCUGCUGAAGCUUAACGAUUUCAUGCGGGCCUUCAAGGAGCACUAUCGUCACCACAAUUUUCAUGAAUUCCGUUUCGCAGUCUUUGGCACGUGCGGGACCAUCAAGGAAACAAACAUCGGCGCAGCGUUCUACAUCAACGUAGCGCACAAGGGGGAUCGGGGCCAUCUCCGGAACCUCCCGGCGCUCAGCGCUCCUGCCGACGCUCCUGCUCAAGAAAAGCAUUACUUGUGGGUUUCCGAUUCUCGGGCGAAGAAAAAGCUUUGCGCGCGCGUUCCGGCCCCGAGAGAUACCCCGCUGACGGACCAUGGAUGGCGCGCCAUGCUUACCGCCGAAGGGGCCGCGAUCUGCUCUAUGAACUCCUUAAUGGAGUCCUCACAACCCAUUAUCCCGGGUGUCCAUCUCUACGACAUGGAGACAUACGAUUUCUUCGAAAUAGUCCUUUCACACGGUGCGACGCUUCUGGGAGCAAUUCGGGUGGUCUCGGAUAAGUGCGGUAAAGAUGAGAAGAUCAAUCGACGCUGCUGCAGUUUCCAAGCCGGCAUCCAAAAGCUAGACAGCUUCAUCGACGCAGAGCCCAGGAUCGUCGCGUCCACGGUCGACACAAAGAUUAGACUGGAAUAUUUGGAUCUCCUUCAGUAUGCGAACGAUCCGACCAAGGUGACAAGCUUGCCCGCGCUUUUCGCACGGGAGAAUCCCGAACAACCGAAGGAUCGCAGCAGCCUCCUUGAAGGCAAACCUGUCGCUCAGGCCUCCUCCCAAAGCGCGUUUGGAGAGCUCAAGGCUAUAAUUCUGGCCGAAAUCAAGGCGAUCGCGGAGGACCGAAUGGCACGCAAUAUUACUGAUUCGCUGAGCAUCAAAAUGAGCGAGUCCGACCCACUACUGCUAAACGAUGAAGCCAUAAAGAAGCAGUUGUUGUCCAUUGGCUGUGAGAUAGUUCGGCCGGAAUCAUAA